CUGGAUUUUUUAUAAGAGAGAAAUACAUCUCGCCUUUCGAUUGUUGUAUCAACUGUAUUGUCGUCAAUAUUCACUACUAGUCAUCGUCUUUUGCAAGAAGUACACAUCAUAAUCUGAUUGUUGUAUCGUCUUCACUACUCGCCAUCAUCAUUUGUUUGGAAAGCCGGACGUUUUUUGCGACUACGAAUCCUCGAGGGCGUCGACAACAGAAACCACUGAAAAUAACCAAACAAUCACCAUCAUAUUCUCAGGUGACAUUUUACUUUGACCAUUAUUAUCAUCCCUGCUCACAGUCUAACAAGGAACACAUCAGCUGGAAAGAGCCAUUCCUUCACGACGUUUUGCGAUUAUCACGUCGAUUUUGGAAGUAUACGACGUCUGAUUAACCAGUGAAUGGGUUAAUUAGUACAUUAUUGCAUCAACAAUGCCGGCGAGUACUACUUGUGUUUAUCGAGGCUGUGGAAACAAUUCACGAAACAAGGACGAUCUUAUUUACCACCGACUGAGCUCACAAUCAUGGAUUGAUUAUAUCGGCAACGAAGGGCUUCGCAAUUUGACACUCAGUCAACUACGAGAGCGUCGCAUUUGUUCUGCUCACUUUCUGGAGUCCGAUUACAUUUUUGUUGGGACAAUGGGACGAAAGCGGGUGAAAAAUGGAGCAACUCCGAUCGAUAUAAGAGUUAUAGAACAAAAUACAAUUCCAGCUGUGUCAGAUGAUGAUUCUUCAAGUGCUCCAGAGGAAAAUAUAGCUGUCAAGGAAGAACCCCUCGACACGUACUCUGACAACCUGAGUUUUAUCGAAGUAGAAGCUUUAAAGCGUGAAUUGAAUGAAGUAUAUGCACAAAUUGACGAUCAGAAUACAGAGCUCGAUUGUCACCGCAUAGAACUGAGACAACAGCGCAUCGCACUCGACAAACAGCGUAUAAGAUAUCGUGAACUUCGACUACUUUAUCGUCAACAACAGAAGGACAUUCAAGUUUUACAGCGAAAAAUUUUCCGCCGAAGGACAGCCAAUCAGAGGGCUAGAAAAAUUGCGAUAGAUAAAAUUCUUCAAGCUGCGGGUCAACGUUUAUGGCAGACGAUAGCAAACAGCCCGAGAUUAACAAUCAAGCGCUGAUAUUCGCUUAAUUUGGAUAUGUAUAUAUGAGGAGAGGAUUACUGGAGGUGAUGCGUGGAAUGAGCGAGUAAUUUUGGCCGAAUAAAUUGUGGAAUUCACAUGACGAUUGAUAUUUGUUAUUUAAUUUCACUGGCGAAGGGGUAAAUCGAGAUAGUUGACUUAUUUUGGAGGCGAAUUUUUUAGCAAUAUCUUCGAAUAUAGGAGAGAUAGCGCAAUUUUUGUAAUGACAUUUGCUGUCGUACUCGAUUCGUUUUACAGAAAAGAUUCUGGUGAUUAUUUUUCCCAUCCAAAUCUUGGCCAAUAGGAUUGCACCAUUCGACGUUAUUUUGUAUAGUCAACACGGUAUUUCAGCGGAUAUUCUUGGAAAUUUCACUGGAAAUUUUGCAUGUUGAUAUAUAUAAAAAAAAACAAAUGUUGAAGUAACCCUCAAUUGUAUCUGACAGAUUAAAUGGCAAUUCGUUGAAAAUUAUGUCUCAUGGUGCAAUUCUAUCGGCCAAGAUUUGGAUGCAAAAAAUAAUCCCCCGAAUACCACUCGAACUUCGAAAUUAUCUGAUAUUUCCCUCAAGGUUCCCUGCAAACAAAUAAGCUCGUCAAGUUUUCCAGAAAAAUCACUCGCGCUUCGCGCUCGUGAUUUUUAAACUGGAAAACUUGACACGUUCAUUUGUUUGCAACGAACCUAUCGGGAAAUAUCCGAUAAUUUCGGAGCUCUUGUGGUAUUACAUGCGAAAAUUUUGAUAUUUCCCCAGAUCCCGAGAUAUUCAUAAAAAACUGGUCAGUUGUCAAAAGUUGCUUAUCUCGUUUUACCACUUAGCUAAGAUUUGGUUCGCGGAUAAGAUUGAAAAACAAAUUGUAAUUAACACAUCUUUUCUUAUGAUUUUUGUUUCACGUGUACAUAUAUUUUUCUUUAAACAAAUUAAACGCUUAUUACAAAUGAAAACAA